CUCUCUCUUCCUGACCUUGCAUUAAUAGAAGGCUCUCCCUUAUUCUGCUUUCCAUAGUCUCCAUCCCUCUUCCCAACGCGCACACACUUUUUAAGAAGCCGCCACCACCAAAGAAACCACCAUGGACUCCUCCACGACAGCAACAAUCUCCUCCCUAAAAACGACCAUCUCUCCCAACCCUAGCCCUAACCGCACCAAGAAAACCCCUACUUUUCAUUACAAGAAAACCAAACCCCCUUCUUUCUCCACCUUCAAAUCUGUUAAAUGCAUCCACUCACCUCCUCCAAAUCCAAAACCCUCAAAUUCCUCACCUUUCAUCUGCACAGCAGUCACCUUCUCUCCCUCACAGAUAACUGAGCUUGUCCCAAGUAAGCUUCACCAUUUAAUAACCGAAUUCCAGUCCCUCUCUCAACCAGUCGACCGUGUUAAACGCCUCCUCCACUAUGCAACCUUCCUCUCUCCACUACCAGACUCUUAUCGGGUUGAUUCGAACCGGGUCAUGGGCUGCACUGCCCAGGUCUGGUUGGAGGCACAGCUAGACCAAUAUGGGAAGAUGAGGUUUUGGGCAGAUAGUGAUUCAGAGAUUACAAGAGGGUUUUGUGCUUGUUUAAUUUGGGUGCUUGAUGGGGCGGUGCCAGAGGAGGUUUUGAAGGUGACAACAGAGGAUUUGACAGCUUUGAACGUUGGGUUGCCUGUUGGAGCGAGGUCGAGAGUGAAUACUUGGCAUAAUGUUUUGGUUAGUAUGCAAAAGAGAGCGAGGAUGUUAGUGGCUGAAAGAGAUGGGAAGAAGGAUUUCGAUCCGUUUCCAUCUUUGGUUGUUAGUUCAGAUGGGAUUCAGGCGAAGGGGAGUUAUGCUGAGGCCCAGGCAAGAUAUUUGUUCCCAGAUGAGUCUAAGGUUCAAGAGCUUGUAAAGGAGCUAAAGGAGAAGAAAAUUGGUGUCGUUGCUCAUUUUUACAUGGAUCCUGAAGUUCAAGGUGUCUUGACUGCUGCACAGAAGCACUGGCCUCACAUCCACAUAUCUGAUUCAUUGGUCAUGGCAGAUAGUGCUGUUAAGAUGGCUGAAGCUGGAUGCAAAUUCAUUACUGUUUUGGGUGUAGAUUUUAUGUCAGAAAAUGUGCGUGCAAUCCUUGAUCAAGCUGGCUUUGGAGAGGUUGGCGUGUACAGGAUGUCAAAUGAGCGCAUUGGUUGUUCUUUAGCAGAUGCUGCGUCUACUCCUGCUUAUAUGAGUUAUCUUGGGGCUGCCUCUGGGUCUCCUCCAUCCUUGCAUGUUAUCUACAUUAACACUUCACUUGAGACGAAAGCUUAUGCUCAUGAGCUUGUGCCUACAAUCACUUGUACUUCUUCAAAUGUUGUGCAAACUAUCCUUCAGGCUUCUGCUCAAAUUCCAGAUUUAAACAUAUGGUAUGGGCCUGAUUCAUACAUGGGUGCCAAUAUUGCAAAAUUGUUCCAGCAGAUGACAAUGAUGUCUGAUGAAGAAAUUGCCGAGAUACAUCCAGCACAUAAUGGAGAUUCCAUUAGAUCACUGCUUCCUCGUUUACACUAUUAUCAGGAUGGAACAUGUAUUGUUCAUCAUCUAUUUGGACAUGAAGUUGUGGAGAAAAUAAAUGACAUGUACUGUGAUGCUUUCUUAACUGCUCAUCUUGAGGUCCCUGGAGAAAUGUUUUCCCUGGCGAUGGAAGCAAAGAGAAGAGGAAUGGGAGUAGUGGGUUCCACUCAAAAUAUAUUAGAUUUUAUAAAGCAGAGGGUACAAGAGGCUCUGGAUAGAGAUGUCAAUGAUCACCUCCGGUUUGUGUUAGGAACUGAAUCAGGAAUGGUUACUUCAAUUGUUGCAGCAGUUCGUCAUUUGUUAGGUUCUACAAAGUCUUCUGAGAAAGCAAAAGUGAAUGUUGAAAUUGUCUUUCCAGUCUCAUCAGAUGCAAUAACAAGAACAUCAACAAAUUCGACCUCAGGCCUAAAUUCAGUUAAAGUUGGUGACAUCAUAUUGCCUGUUAUACCUGGAGCUGCUAGCGGGGAGGGAUGCUCUAUUCAUGGUGGCUGUGCAUCCUGUCCAUACAUGAAGAUGAAUUCUCUUAAUUCACUUCUAAAAGUUUGCCAUCACCUGCCUGGCGAGAAAAAUAAAGUUGCAGCAUAUGAAGCUGCACGAUUUAAAUUGCGAACUCCAAAUGGAAAAUCAAUUGCAGAUGUUGGUUGUGAACCGAUAUUGCACAUGAGACACUUCCAGGCUACAAAGGAACUUCCAGAUAAGCUUGUUUAUCAGGCUCUCUAUCCAGACAGCAAUGGGAGGUCAAUAUCAUAAAGUUGAACAAAUCCACCUCGUAAAAGUGGAGGUGAUGUUGAUUUAUAGAGAAACCCGGAAAUACAAGAGAUUCUAAACAUGAGGGUCUUGCUAUACAGAUGAAGUUUUUUUGGGGUCAGGAUCCUGUACAACUCCGUUAUUCACAGCUCCUCUCAUCUCUUUCCCACCAUUUGAUGCAUGCUUCUGUAAUACUAGAAUCAUCACUUUCUACUUCUUUCAUUAUAGCUCACUGUUGGAUUACAGGAAAUCAAAUAAGAUUUCAAUUCAAGAUCUCCUUUUACAUCUCAUACAGCUUUAGUGCAAGUUUAUAGGAACUCGAAAUGAAAUUGCAAUUUAAGCCUCUUUGUUGUAAUGCUCCUGCCCUUCUGACCACACGACAUAAAAUUCAGUGUUCAUUCUAA